AGAUCGCCCAGUGUUUCAGCCGAUGCGAAGGAACCCAUUGACCAUUCCAAAUCACCUAGCAUCGCUAGCGAAAAACCCGAAUUGGAGGAUCUGCGUGAAUCUGUAGUAGAAAAAUCCAGAUCUCCCAGUAUAACUGCCGACAAGUCCGAUGCGGGAAUUAUCGAUGACAAGCAUCUUGAGAAAUCCAGAUCGCCCAGUGUUUCAGGGGAAUCUAAGGAACCCACUGGCCACUCAAAGUCGCCUAGCAUUGCUAGCGAAAAACCCGAAUUAGAGGAUGUACGUGAAACUGUGAGUGAGAAAUCCAGAUCGCCUAGUGUUUCAGGGGAACCUAAGGAACCCACUGAGCAUUCAAAAUCGCCCAGCAUCGCAAGCGAGAAAGCUGAAUUGGAGGAUGCACGAGACGCUAUACUGGAGAAAGACAGAUCUCCCAGUAUAGCCGUUGACAAGCCUGUUGCGACAGGAGUGGAUGAGAAAGCUCCAGAAAAGUCUAGGUCGCCCAGUGUUUCAGGAGAUGCAAAAGAAUCCGUUGAACACUCAAAAUCACCUAGCAUCUCUAGCGAGAAACCGGAAUUGGAAGAUGUACGUGAAACUAUAGUAGAGAAAUCAAGAUCUCCCAGUGUAACUCUUGAUAAGCCUGAUACGUUAGGUGUUGAUGAGAAAGUAUCAGAAAAGUCUAGAUCGCCCAGUGUUUCAGCUGAUGCGCAGGAACCAACUGAACCUUCAAAAUCUCCUAGCAUCGCCAGCGAGAAAGCUGAAUUGGAGCAUCCACGUGACGCGAUAUUAGAGAAGUCCAGAUCUCCCAGUAUAACGGCCGAUAAGCCUGAUGCGACAAGUGUCGAUGAGAAAGCUUCAGAAAAGUCUAGAUCGCCGAGUGUUUCGGGGGAUGCGAAGGAACCCACCGACCGUUCAAAGUCGCCGAGUGUCGCCGGAGAAAAACCCGAAUUAGGAGAUCUACGUGAAACUGUAAUAGAAAAAUCCAGAUCUCCCAGUAUAACUGCCGACAAGUCCGAUACGGCAAUUAUCGAUGACAAACAUCUUGAGAAAUCCAGAUCGCCCAGUGUAUCAGGGGAACCUAAGGAACCCAUUGAUCGUUCAAAGUCGCCUAGCAUUGCUAGCGAAAAACCUGAAUUAGAUGAUGCAUCCGAAAGUGUAAAAGAGAAAUCCAGAUCUCCCAGUGUAACCCCAGAUAAGCCAGGCGCCACAGACGUUGCUGAGAAAAUUCCGGAAAAGUCCAGAUCGCCGAGUAUUUCAGGAGAUGCGAAGGAACCCAUUGACCACUCCAAAUCACCCAGCAUUGCUAGUGAAAAACCCGAAUUAGAGGAUGUACGUGAGUCUGUAAUAGAGAAAUCCAGAUCUCCCAGUAUAACUGCCGACAAGUCCGAUACGGGAAUUAUCGAUGACAAACAGCUUGAGAAAUCCAGAUCGCCUAGUGUUUCAGGGGAACCUAAGGAACCCACUGAGCAUUCAAAGUCGCCUAGCAUUGCUAGUGAAAAACCCGAAUUGGAGGAUGUACGUGAGACUGUAAUUGAGAAAUCCAGAUCGCCUAGUGUUUCAGGAGAACCUAAGGAAACCAUUGAUCGAUCAAAGUCGCCUAGCACUGCUAGUGAAAAACCUGAAUUAGAGGAUCUAUCCGAAAGUGUAAAAGAGAAAUCCAGAUCUCCCAGUAUACCUGUCGAGAAGUCUGAUACGAUAAGUGUCGAUGAGAAAGCUCCGGAAAAGUCAAGAUCGCCCAGUGUUUCGGGGGAUGCAAAGGAACCCACCGAACGUUCAAAGUCACCAAGCAUCGCUAGCGAAAAACCUGAAUUAGAGGAUCUAUCCGAAAGUGUAAAAGAGAAAUCCAGAUCUCCCAGUGUAACCCCAGAUAAGCCAGGCGCCACAGACGUUGCUGAGAAAAUUCCGGAAAAGUCCAGAUCGCCCAGUGUUUUAGGAGAUGCGAAGGAACCCAUUGACCACUCCAAAUCACCUAGCAUUGCCAGUGAAAAACCCGAAUUAGAGGAUGUACGUGAGUCUGUAAUGGAGAAAUCCAGAUCUCCCAGUGUAACCGCCGACAAGUCGGAUACGGCAGCUAUCGAUGACAAACAGCUUGAGAAAUCCAGAUCGCCUAGUGUUUCAGGGGAACCUAAGGAACCCACUGAUCAGUCAAAGUCGCCUAGCAUUGCUAGCGAAAAACCUGUACUAGAGGAUGUACGUGAGACUGUAAUUGAGAAAUCCAGAUCACCUAGUGUUUCAGGGGAACCUAAGGAACCCAUUGAUCGAUCAAAGUCGCCUAGCAUUGCUAGCGAAAAACCUGAAUUGGAGGAUCGACGUGAAAGUGUAAAAGAGAAAUCCAGAUCGCCCAGUAUAACUGUCGACAAGUCUGAUACUAUAAGCGUCGAUGAGAAAGCUCCAGAAAAGUCUAGAUCGCCCAGUGUUUCAGCCGAUGCGAAGGAACCCAUUGACCAUUCCAAAUCACCUAGCAUCGCCAGCGAAAAACCCGAAUUGGAGGAUCUGCGUGAAUCUGCAGUAGAAAAAUCCAGAUCACCCAGUAUAACUACCGACAAGUCCGAUACGGCAAUUAUCGAUGACAAGCAUCUUGAGAAAUCCAGAUCGCCUAGUGUUUCAGUGGAACCUAAAGAACCCACUGAGCAUUCAAAGUCGCCUAGCAUUGCUAGCGAAAAACCUGAAUUAGGGGACGUACGGGAAACUGCAAUAGAAAAAUCCAGAUCACCCAGUAUAACUACCGACAAGUCCGAUACGGGAAUUAUCGAUGACAAGCAUCUUGAGAAAUCCAGAUCGCCUAGUGUUUCAGGGGAACCCAAGGAACCCACUGAGCAUUCAAAGUCGCCUAGCAUUGCUAGCGAAAAAUCCGAAUUAGAGGAUGUACGUGAGACUGUAAUUGAGAAAUCCAGAUCGCCUAGUGUUUCAGGGGAACCUAAGGAA